UGGGAAAGGAACAAAGUGCCUAUUGCCACAUAUGCCUGGUUAAUACAAACUCCACAAGAACAUCCAGAAGCCAAAGGCUGAAGAACAAGAUAAAACUGAACUCAUGGAAGAAACUAACAGCAACAUUGAAGAAAAUGAAAUUAAGACCAAGCUCUUUGCCACACCAGUAGCUAAGUUAAUGGAAGCACAGAAAAGGGCAGAAAAGUUUGCUGAAGAAAAAGAGGCACAUAACACCUGCAAAGAACUAGUGAAAUGUGUUGCACUCACUCGAAUUAUCUAUGGAAACGGGCACUGGCGGUUGGCACAGGCAUUUGCCAACCUUGCUCACAGCUACCUUAUGCUCCAAGGUCUUCCUGUUCAAGCUAAAAAACAUGCAAACUCAGCCAAAUAUUCUAUCUUCAUGAGGAAGAGUUCCCCUUUGGCAUCUACAGAGGAAAGAGAGAUUCAGAGCACUCUCGUGACCAUCUAUUACACCUUGGGUGUAGCAAACCUGAUGCAGAAAAAUGGAAAAGAAUCCUACUGCAAUCUGCAAAAGGCAGAAAGGAUUAUGGAAGAAUUGCAGGGGACAGAGACUACUGGAUUUAGAGUAUCUGAGAGAGACCUUAUGGCAGCAUUGGGCAGGGCAAGUUUACAGAAUAACAAGUUAGAGCUGGCUGCCAGGUACUUUGAGAAGGCAAUUGAAGCUACAAUAUCAUCUGGAGGAGAGACGGCUCCAGAAUUGAUCAGUCUUUAUCAGGAAAUGGCUGAAAUGGAACAAAUAAAGAAAAACCAUGAAAAAGCCAUAAGGUGUUUAUUACAGGCCUAUUCUACUUCAGCAGCUCUAUACAGCAAAUUCAGCCCACAAGUGGCAUCAGUGGCUUUGUUACUGGCUAAGGCUUAUGCAGCAACGGGAGAAGAAAAGGAUGUUGAGGCUGCUGAAAAAUAUUUCACUGAGGGCUUCACAGUCUACAAAGAGGCACUUGGCAUGGAUCAUUUUCAGACAAUUAAUGCUGUGGAAGACUACAGUAAAUGGCUUGCACGAACAGGGAAAAGAAAGCAAGCCUAUAGCUUUCUCAAAGAGUCAUUUAAAUCGCAGCAAGAUACCUGCAGAGAUUUUAAUGAACAGGCAAUUGAGAGAUUGUAUAUUAUGGGAUGCAUCUGUCUGGCAGAGGAGAAAAUAAGGGAAGCCCAUCUGCUGCUUAGUAAGUGUGUGCAGAUUCAAGUUGCUAUUUAUGGGCCCCAUCAUAGGAAAGCUAAAAAGGUACAGGAGCUGCUGGACAGAUUGAUGAUCGUCUCUCCUGUACAUGAAGUGACCAAAUGUUCAAAACAGAAGAGAGGGGGGGCACUAAAUUUCUCAAUCCCAGAUCUCUAAGUAUCUGUAAUCAAUGGAAACUCAGAACAUCCAAACAAAAGAAGCAAGCAUGUAAUAUCUUGUUUUGAUUCUUAGUCAUCAGUGCAUUUUAGUAUUAAUUCUAGUGUAUUUCUGUUAGACAGCUAGCAAGAUGCCCACCAAAACAGGAGGAAUAUUUUGGCCCAGCUGGUUGCUGAGAAUCUGGAAUAUCCAGCCAUUUAAAUAGGUGGGGAGAAAAGAAGAAUGGGACUGGUAAAUGACUGCUGAUAUCAUUGAGAACUUUAACUGUGCACUGGGAAUUUACUGCUUUUCUUAUAUGGAUAUAGCAUUCAGAAGACAUUGUCCUAGGAAAAGGGCUAGAAGCUCCACAUAUGCUGUCUAUUCAUGUACCUGACACACCUUCUACUGCUUACGGAUAUCAAGCAGGUGAGAAGGAUGUGAAGGAAAGUCUUACAGAUGCUUGAGACAUAAAGAUAUACAAUUUCAAAUCAGAGCCUGUGACUUGCUAAAUGCCACCCUUACUCUGAAUGGGAGGGAAAUAAAAGCCCAAUGGUAUUACCAGAUACUAGAUGAUAAAACACGAUGAGGUAUUUUCCACCCUUAUGUACUUUUUGAUAUAUUAAUUUCCCCACCAGAUAAAGUAAGUCUUGGGUGUUUGAGCCUUAAUACAGUAUCUGGCUACAGACCAACAGCUGCAUGAGGCUUCAGUAUAAAGAUACUUUCUCUUGCUCUCAGCCAAGCCUUUUGUUGACAAUCACCAGAAGUGAUAAGAAAACAUACUUCCCACCACAGUUCUAGCUGGGAUCAAAAGCAAAAAAGAACAGAUGUGCAGGGAGAAUAUAAAUCUAUCUCAGGGCAAUCUUGAAGGCCUCUAGAUGCUGUUGGAUUCUAAGUCCCAGCUGUCCCAGUUAGCAGAGCCAGUUGGGAGAAAUGCUGGGAACUACAGUCCAACAUCUAGAUACUGCAUAUUGCCAUCCGAUUCCUGACCUGCUCCCUUAUGAAUAUGAGCAAACAUUUACACUACAUUUAUGUCUGAAUGAGAGAU